AUGACUACCCAAAGUGCCAUUAUCGUUCAGGGCCUGGGUCGCGCGGUGCUGGAGCAGAAUCUCCCGAUACCCGAGCUACCAGACGAUUAUAUUCUCGUCAAAACGAAAGCUGUGGCUUUGAAUCCCACGGAUUGGCGUCACAUCGAUUUCGUUCCGUGUGACGGAGCCGUCGUGGGCUGCGACUAUGCUGGAGUAGUGGAAGCUGCUGGCCCCCGCGUCAAAAAAGCAUUCAAGAAAGGCGACCGUGUGGCGGGGUUUGUCCAUGGCAGUAAUGCAGCUCGUCCCAAUGGUGGCGCAUUUGCGGAAUACGUGAUCGCAAAGGGUGACCUGCAAAUUCAGAUUCCCGAUGGAAUGAGCUUUGAGACUGCAGCUACAUUUGGUGUGGGUCUGACAACCGUUGGUCAGAACCUUUAUCAAAGCAUGGAAUUUCCCCUCCCUGGAGAGGCGGAGGAGUCUGAUGAGACAAAUAUCCUGAUUUACGGUGGUGCGACUGCUACCGGUACUCUUGCUAUUCAAUUAGCAAAAUUGUCGGGUCUGCGUGUAGUGACUACGUGCUCUGAAUCAAAUCGCAGCUUGAUGUUUGAGCUCGGCGCACACGCUGUCUUUGAUUACCAUGAUCCGCAAGUGAGCGAGCAAAUCCGGGAGGACACAGAUGAUGCCCUGGAAUUUGUACUUGAUACAAUCUCUACUCCCCAAUCCGCUUCCAUUUGCAGUGCAGCUCUCUCAUCAUCUGGUGGGUCUUAUAAUGCCUUGCUGGAUGUUCAAUCUGCGCGAGAGGAUGUUGAUUCCCACGUCUCUAUGGCAUACGACUUGCUGGGAGAGCCAUAUCACAUGGGAACGGAUGAAGUGAUUCCUGAUAGGGGUAACCUCGAAUUUGGGAUCAAAUGGUGGAAUUUGGUGCAAAAAUUACUAGCAGAGCGCCGCAUUCUACCGCAUCCUUAUCAGGUGAAGCCAGGUGGCUUGGCUGGGGUUUUGACCGGACUCCAGAUGUUACGGGAAGGGAAAGUUCGGGCCUCUAAGCUCGUGUUUCGUGUCGAUGAAUCUGGGUGA